CGCGACAACAUUAAUAACUUACUUUCUUAAACAAGAUAUAAAAAUUAAAGAAAAAAUAAUAUCCAAAGGCUGUUUAAAUAGCAACCCUUUGCCGACGUCGACAAAAAAAAGAAAAUCCAAAAUGGCGAUGGAGACGUCAGAUUUUCCCGCCGCCGCGAUCUGGCUGGAAAAGUAAACAAAAAGUUCGUAAACAAAAAGUUUGGCACUACCCCUCGCGGCGGCUGGACAUGAUUUUGGAACGCACGCGUUGACAGCGCCAUGUUCAGCUUCUUCCGAAAGAAAACCGCGGGAAAGCCCGAGCCCGUGGCGGAAACACCCGAAGCGUCCCGAAAUAUCCCGAAGGAUGACGCCGCCGCCGCAGUCGCCGCGCGCGCGCCUAGACAACACCAUGAUGUAACGAACGAAAAAACGAACACACAAAAAGAUGUAGUCAACCUCCUCAUACCGCAGACUGUCUACAAUCAAAAGUCUAGCAGCGGCGGCAUUUUCCACAACAUCAUGGCGGGGAAAAAGAAGAGGAACAGGAAAAACAAUCAACUGUCGCGCGCUCAGUCCUGUCGGGAGAUCUCGCCACAGAAAGAGACGCAGGAUGUGAGUUUGCAGCGAAGUCGCGCCGAACUGGACAGCACGUACAAACAGUGCGAGGUGACUCGCAGCGCGGACGACGUCAGCGCACCCACGGACGCCAAAAAUACAUCCGACGACGCACCCGACCACGCCGACUUCGUAAAAGCUUUGGUCCUGCAGAAAUACGCAAAUAAAUCACCGAUCGAAGCGAAGAAGCAGCACGUGUCGCUCGUCUACGUGUCUGAUGAGCCGAAUUUAGAGGAGAAACAACGCGCCGAGACAUUGCUCCGCGAGAUCGCCAAGAGCAUAGACUGCACCAUCGACAAAUUAAAUGCCGAGAAAGAGCUAAUGGGGGCGACGGACAGCAAGGCCGUGGACAAGAAAAAUAGCCGCAAUGACGCCCUGUAUCACAAUGAACCGCUGUACGAAACCAUAGAUGAUAGGGACGAGGACGGCCAGAUUAGAGCAUUCAAAGAUGACUUGAAAGAGGAAUUACAAAAGCUUCUCAAGAAGCAAAAUGAGGAAGCGGAUAAUAUGAAGGGCGAACAGCACAAAAAUGAUGGAAACGAUUCCGAAGUAUUUGAAUCUCCAGUUAGUAUAAAGAAAUCUAAUCUCAAACCUCCUCGAUCAGACACUGAAGGUUGUUCAGACGACGACAGGUCGGAUUGCGGGAAGAAACGGGUUACAUUCAGAAAACGUAUAGUUUUUGAUGACGGUGACGAACAGACCGACAACGAAGUGGACUCGUCGUUCGAAUCUCUUACCUCUUCCGAAGAAGAAGAGUCAGCGGAAGAGGAUAAUGAGGUUCCCGACAACGAUGAGAGGCUCGGAGGAGUUACAGUCAGCAGAAACGAAAACGACAACAAAACUGUGAUAGAAAAUAUAAACGACACAGACACCGGUCAACAAGCCGACAUCAAAAUCACAAUAGAGGGCAGUGACGAUGAUGACGAUAAGUGUAAGAGGAUUUCCAGUGACAAUAGUGAUAGUGGAUUCUUAGAGAUAAGUGAUAAAAACAAUGGGUCAAGUGAAGACCUGAGCAGUGAAGUGAAAACUCUAGUCGCGAGUGAGAGUGAGAGUGAAGUGAGUGAGAGCGAGAUUACGGAUAGUGACAGUGAGGAAAUAAUUGAGAUUAUUGAGGAGAUAGUUGAGGAAGACUACGAAGAGGACAAGCCUGAAUUCAAAGAUGCAGUUGAUACGCAGAAGUCGCUGGUGUCGCAGGAGAGCAAGUUCGCGUCGCAGGUGGCUUCGCUGACGCAGCUAGCGGACUCCCGCGUCGGGGAGGCCGAGAACGCCAGGCUCCUGAUCGCACAGUGCCGCAAGGAGAUCGAGGCGAAGGACCAUGAGAUUGAACGCCUCAAAUGCUCGCUGGCAUCAGCCUACAAGGAGUCGGAGCUGGUGCGCCAGCGCAGCCGCUCCCUGGAGGAGGAACUGUCGGCUGCCAGAACCUGCAGCGCGGACCUCGCCCACCAGCUCAGUAAUAAGAACGAUGAAGAACUAAGACAGCUGCGCUCAGAACUAGAAGAUGCUCUCACGAGGCGAGCGGAGCUGGAGUCCAGGGUGCUGUCGCUGGAGCGAGAGAGAGAUAGAUUGGAGCAGGACAAGAGAUUGCAGGAGCAACGGGCGGCGGAGGCACUAGCAACAGCAGAAUCGAACACGACAAAAUGGCGUCUCGCCCACGAGGCGGCGCGGUCGCAGGCGGCGGCGCGGGCCGAGCGCAUGCUGGCAGACUGCGAGUGGAAGAUGAGGGAACUGGAGAAGAGGGCCAGGGACGCGGAGAGGGUGAAGGGGGAGCUAGAAGAAUCCCUCGAAAAGGCCAAGAAUGAGAAGCCCGAGCCCUCCCAAGCCCACAUGGCCGAACUACAACAACUACGCGGGCUGGCCACAGAACAACAACGCUCGGUGCAAGCGCUGACGAUGCAGCUGCAACGAGUGGAGACCAGAGAGGAGGCGUUGAAGCUGGAGGUGCAUAGGCUGAAGGAGUUGUUGGAUAGAGAGACCACGGUUAGCCGGGAUAAGGAGGAGAGGCAUGCGCUGGCCAUAGCCCGUCUGGAACAGCAGCACAGCAAGAACCUGGAGACAUUCAAGGCGGAACAGACAGCAGCCGCCGCGUCCUCCCGCGCCGCCAUGGAGCGCGCUCAUGCUGACAGGACCAGGACCGCCCUGGCGCAGUUGCGGGCUGAUGCGGAGAAAGACGCUAAGAAUGCUGACAGGAAACUUCGGGAGGUCACGACGAGGUUCGAAAACUUAAAAGAGUUGCUGGCAACAAAAACGGCUCAAUUCGAGAGCGACAUCGCCGAAGCACACAGCAAGGCUGACUGGGAGCUGAUGCAGCUCAGGCACAUGCUGGACAAAGCUGACAUCACGUACGCUAACAACAUGGACAAAGCCAACGAGAAGUUUGAGAAGGAGAAAGAACGUCUAAUUGAAGAAUGGUCUGCGAAAGUGGAAGCCGUAGAGGAGGAAGCAGCAACAGCCCAGGAAGAAGCCAAAAAACUGCUCGAAACAACACGAAUGAAACUCAUUGCAGAGAAAAACGAUAUCAUUAACAAAUUAAAGGAACAGCAUAGACAGGAAAUGGAUGAUCAAUGGGAAAGAUUUAUGUCAGACAAAGAGAACUGCUUGGCACGAAUGAAAGCCGAAUGCAGACAAGAAGGAGAAGAAGAUAGAGUCAAAAGAGAGAAAGAGUUACUGGAAGAACUCGCAGAGUUGAAGGCACAGAUACAGUCUAAAGACACAGAUUAUAACCAGCUCGCUAAUAAAGCAGACGCGGUUGGAAGAACGUUAGCGGUCACGGAACAAGAACUCAGAGAGGCGCUGGCUCGAGAGAAGGACCUUCGGGAGCGGCGCUCGGAAGACCAGGGCCGCAUCAAGCAGGUGGAGCGAGCCUCCAUGGACCAGAUCGAGCAUUUGACCAGGAAGUGCGCGUGUUUGAGGAAACUUUUCGACGACAUGCGAGCCAAGCUCAUGGAGCGCGAGCGGAAGGCGGAAGUAGAAGCGAAGGCCAGAGAGAAGGAGCUCGUGCACCUGCGCGCCGAAGUCGCCAGGCUCACCAAGCUGCUUAUGGAGCAGAGUGCACCAAAGCUGGGUGCAAGAACGCGGGCAGACGGCUGCGAGAACGCACCUCACAUCGACGAGACAUCGUUGACGAAGACCUCCACACCCGCUGACGCGCUGCAGAAUCCACCGAGGAGGAAAGGCGGGACCCGCACGUCAGAGUUAACACGCAAACGCACCCUCCCGAACUUGCCGCUACUUCCGCCGGAAGCGCGUUUGACAGCUGUUGAUAUACAAGAUGGCCGCCGCCGCGCCAACAGCGUGGAUCUACCCGCCGUGCAGGUGCCCGGCAGGAUCAAACAAUUAGAACAGAAGGGAUUUAAACUCGAUUGAACACAUUGAUAUUUUGUGAAUUUAUGUCUAUUUUAAGUUUUAACGCUAAGUUGCAGAAAGGAACAUUAAGCUAAGUCGGCAUUAAAUCUAUGUCGGUCUCUUUCUGACCGUAUACUGUCAAAGCAAGGCAGCCAUACAUUUAAAGUCCCUUUCUGUAACUCAGCGUAAAUAUUACCUACUAGUGCAAUAAAAAAAUAUAGUAACUUGUAACUCUUGAUCUGAACUUAAUUGAAUCUGAGAGAUAUUUUUAGCGAUAAAAUUAAUUUAUACUUACCUACGCGUCUAAAAAUUAUAAAUGAAGAAGUUAUGAGACAACAAGGUGGAGUAUUUUGCUCCCUUUAGAAAUUUCAAAAACGGCUUAGUUUCGAAAAUUAAAGGGUCCCAAAGUCCUCAUAAUUAACAAGUAGGUAAUUGCUUACUUAUUUUUAUUCUUAAUUUAAGCAUAGUGUAUUUAAAAAUAACUUCUGGACGUUGAAAAUAGAUAAAAAAUACCUAAAGGUAAAUAACCUUUAACAGUAAAAACAAUAAACACUUUUUUGA